AAGCAGCGUUUUUAAAAUUUUUCAUCCCAUGAAAAGACGGCGUCGUUUCCAGCAGACGGGUUAAAAACCGGUAGCCCGCCUAACCCAACGGAUUAUCCGGGUUGAAUAUCAUAUUUUUUUGGGAUAUGUCGUGUCGUCUGAUCCUAAAGGUCCAUCACAAUUGGGCGUUGGGCAGAAUACGACCACGCCACACCCAAGAAUCGUUCGGAUAUCUGUUGAGGAGACAGGCACUCUCAGUAGUGAGCUCCUUCAAGCUCGCUCAUCUUUUCGAACAUAAAUGGCGUCCACAGUUUUUAGAGGCUUUCAAGCGAACCCCUUUCUGCUAUAUCCAGUAUCACUACUCGGGAGAAAAAAUGGGGCCAUGUACUGCACAAUGAAAAGCACACAAUCCCAAACUGCCACACAGGAAAAGCAAUCCUCCCAAGCCAAUGUUUCGCCAUCUAGUACCCAAUCCAAAAAAUUGAACAAAAUCGCAGAAAACUUUGAAGCAAUCAUUGGUAUAGAAACCCAUGUUCAGCUUUCCACUCUAACCAAAGCUUUUUGUGGCUGCCCUUACAAUUAUGGGUCUUCACCUAAUACCUCUGUCUGUCCGAUUUGUAUGGGCUUGCCUGGUGCUUUGCCUGUUUUGAACUCCAAGGUCAUAGAGUUUGCUGUGAAAUUGGGUCUUGCUCUUAAUUGCAAGUUGUCUCUGAACUCCAAGUUUGAUAGGAAGCAAUAUUUCUACCCAGAUCUUCCAAAAGGGUAUCAAAUUUCUCAGUUUGAUGUGCCAAUUGCUACCGGUGGUUACAUUGAUGUGGAUCUUCCAGUGGAGUAUGGUGGUGGCCACAGGAAAUUUGGCAUUACCAGAGUUCACAUGGAAGAGGAUGCAGGGAAGCUGCUACAUGCAGAAAAUGGUAGCUACUCUCAGGUUGAUUUAAAUCGGGCAGGGGUACCAUUGCUUGAGAUAGUUUCUGAACCUGAUAUGAGGAACGGUAUUGAAGCGGCAGAGUAUGCGGCGGAAUUACAGAGACUGGUUCGGUAUUUGGGAGUGAGCAAUGGCAAUAUGCAAGAAGGUUCUCUUCGUUGUGAUGUGAAUGUCUCAGUUCGACCCAUUGGGCAAUCUCGCUUUGGGACAAAGGUUGAAAUUAAAAAUUUGAAUUCAUUUUCAUCAGUGAGUAGAGCCAUCGAUUUUGAAAUUUCAAGGCAGGUGCAACUUCAUAAUCAAGGUCAGCAAGAUCAGAUUGCACAGGAAACUCGUCUUUGGGAAGAAGGCGCUCAGAGAACAGUUACAAUGAGGAAAAAGGAAGGGCUGUCUGAUUAUCGAUAUUUUCCAGAACCAGAUCUUCCUGCAGUCUUCCUUUCCAAAGAAUAUGUUGAUGAUAUUCGCAAUUCCUUACCUGAGCUUCCAGAAAUAAAGCGUAGAAGAUAUGAGAAUAUGGGCUUAAGCAUGCAAGAUGUUCUUUUCCUUGCUAAUGAUAAAAAUAUUGCAGAGUUUUUCGAUGCUACCCUUGCCAAAGGUGCUGAUGUAAAGCUGGCUGCCAAUUGGAUUAUGGGCGAUAUUGCCGCCUUCAUGAAAAAUGAAAAGUUGACUAUAAAUGAAAUUAAGCUUACACCUGAAGAGCUGUCCGAGUUGAUAGCUUCCAUUCAAGGUGGAGUUAUCAGUGGCAAGAUUGGGAAGGAGAUAUUAUUCGAGCUGCUAGCCAAGGGUGGAACCGUUAAGGGGCUGAUAAAAGAAAAGGAUUUGGUUCAGAUAACAGAUCCUGCUGAGAUUGAAAAAAUGGUGGACCAAGUGCUUGCGGAGAAUCCAAAGCAGCUAGAACAAUAUCGUGGAGGCAAAACUAAGCUACAAGGUUUUUUUGCUGGCCAGGUUAUGAAAUUAUCUAAAGGGAAGGCAAAUCCAGGGCUCCUUAACAAGGUCCUCUUGGAGAAGUUGAACUCAACGAGCUGAUGCUAAUGGAUUGCUGUUUGCACACUUAAUUUUGGCACUUAGCUUGAUUGAAAUAUUGUCUUCUCAUUUUCUUAGAACGGGCUGCUAGCUUUGCGGAGUAUAUAACCUUGCAUCCUCCGGUCAGGGAUAAAUAGGUAGGCGAUGCAUUCAUGCUGGGCAAGUUAGUGACCGUGGCAGCCUAAAUAGAGCCGUGAGAACGAUUUGCUUGGACUAAAUAGAGCCUUCAGAUGCUUUUUAUUAUGCUUGUUAUUAUUUUCAGAAUGCAAGGUGUCGUCCGAAAUCUCUGCGCUUUUUCGCCGUCCUUCGUUUUCCUGCGAGUGAUUAUUUGUAUGUGUGUUUUGUAAUGCUAUUGUUCAUAUACCUAACUUUGCCUUGUUAUUUAGUAGCUGAAUAAAGCCAAAAAUUGAAAGGGGUUGAUUAUCUAAA